CUUCCGCUUCCGAGGGUGAAGGCCGUCCGAGGUUCGGUCCGCGGUUCUUUUCCCUUCCUUGUGUUUUGGUUUGGUUCUUUCCCUCCCCCGGGAAACCCGACCCUUCUCCGCUGCCAUCAUGUCGCCUGGCCUCGGGAUUAGCGCCGCGGGCGUCUCCUCACGGCUUUGAAGACGGCAGAGGAAAACAGACAUUCUGGACUUUGGAGACGCUUUCAGAAGACUCCCAUCCAUGGAAGAAGCACAAGAUUUAGCCGAACAGCCUACAAAAAAAGCCAAGAUGCAGGAAUCAGAUGAGCAGUUGUUAAGGCAUGUAAACAGCACAGACAGUAGUGAUCAGAAACCUGAAUCUUCAAAUCUUGGUUCAAAUCUGCCCUUGUCCAAUGAAAUUCUGCCAUGCACUGACUACAUCUCAAGGUCAUCAAAUGAAUAUACCUCACAGAUGUAUUCUGCAAAGCCAUAUACACAUGUUCUUUCUGUACCUGUAUCUGAAACAAUGGCCUCAUAUUCUGGUCAGACUCAAUACCAAGCACUGCAGCAAUCACAGACUUAUGCUGUGUAUCCUCAGUCAACACAAGCCUAUGGACUACCUCCUUUUGGUGCACUGUGGCAAGGUAUGAAACCUGAGAGUGGUUUAAUUCAGACUCCAUCUCCAAGUCAGCACAGUGUUCUUACCUGCACUACAGGGUUAACCACAAGCCAAUCCAGCCCAACACAUUAUUCUUACCCUAUUCAAGCUCCAAGUACCAAUGCCAACUCAGUUGCCACCUCCUCAGCUUCAGUCAACAUUUCCGCAUCAGCAGUAGCCAGCAUCUCUCAACAGGAAUAUCCUACAUAUACGAUUCUUGGACAGAGCCAGUACCAGCCUUAUUACCCAAGCUCAACCUUUGGAGUGAUAUCACCGGCAGACAGCUGCACAGAGAAUACCACAUUGACGGCGACCACAUAUCCUUGUGAAAAAACAAAUGCCAUGGUGCCUACUCAGACUGCACAGAGACAUUCCUCUGGUGACCCAGCUACUGGCCCAUCAUUACCAAGAGCUACAGCAAGUAAAGACACAGAAGAACAGUCCAGGAAAAAUGUGCCUGGGAAAAAUAGAAGCAAGAGGAAAGCAGACCCUUCUUCACCAAAGGACAAUGAACUUGAACGAGUAUUUCUGUGGGACUUGGAUGAGACCAUCAUAAUAUUUCAUUCUCUUCUCACAGGAUCAUAUGCCCAAAAAUAUGGAAAGGAUCCAACUCUGGUGAUCGGGUCUGGACUGACUAUGGAAGAAAUGAUUUUUGAAGUUGCCGACAUGCACUUAUUUUUUAAUGACUUAGAGGAGUGUGACCAGGUUCAUGUAGAAGAUGUAGCUUCAGAUGAUAAUGGGCAAGAUUUAAGCAAUUACAAUUUUUCCACGGACGGUUUCAGUGGCUCAGGAAGCAAUGCCAAUCAUGGUUCAGCAGGUGUCCAGGGUGGAGUGGAUUGGAUGAGGAAGUUGGCUUUCCGCUACCGGAAGGUGCGUGAGGUCUAUAACAAAUACAAAACCAACGUAGCAGCGCUCCUGAGCCCAGAGAAGAGGGAAGCUUUGCAGAAAUUGAGGGAAGACAUAGAAAUGUUAACAGAUGCCUGGUUAGGGACAGCGUUAAAAUCCCUACUGCUCAUUCAGUCCAGAAAGAAUUGUGUGAAUGUUCUCAUAACCACCACUCAGCUGGUGCCAGCGCUGGCCAAGGUCUUGUUGUAUGGACUAGGUGAAGUGUUUCCUAUUGAAAAUAUUUAUAGUGCAACAAAAAUAGGCAAAGAGAGCUGUUUUGAAAGGAUUGUCACUCGAUUUGGGAAGAAAGUCACAUAUGUGGUGAUUGGUGAUGGACGUGAUGAAGAGAUGGCAGCCAAACAGCACAACAUGCCCUUUUGGAGAAUCACGAACCAUGCCGAUUUGGUGUCCCUCCACCAGGCUCUUGAACUGGACUUUCUUUGAAGAGCUGAAUGAAAGGCAUAUUGGCACAGCUCACAAAUGCCCCCACGGCUUAACAAGAACUUGCUUGGGGGCUUCCUUUUUUUGUUUUAUGCAGACAAAAGAAAUGUAGCUAACAGACAUGUAUAGCAGAAAGCACCACACCAUUGCAUUUCCAGGAGAGCUGCUAAAGAGCCUUGAGAAGGGAAUUUUCUGAGACUCAGUAGAGCAUCCCAGGUGGAAUUAUCUCCAGCAGCAAAGACCUCUCUCACUGUGCAGCCAUUUGUGGUAUUACACUUAAAGGGGGGGAAAAGCAGUACAUUUUUGUAGUGUACUCUGUCACCUUAACAUCUCUCUCAAACUUUCAAACAUAAAAGGAAGUGAAUUGUUUGAGGGGGGUUUCAGAACAGGGUCCAGGAAAACUAUCUUCAUUUUUGCAAAGCCAAAAGACACUUCCAUUUUUCAGAGAAAACUGAAAAUCUGUCUGUCUGUGAGGUACUGAAUAUACACAGCGGUUCUUUGAUACCAAGAGGUGAUAGCUGUAUUCACUUCCCUGUAAGAGGUUUUUUUUCCUAGCAAAUAUCUGGUUCUCCAUUUCAUUAACUCUCUCAAUAUGUUGCAAGAGAGUAUUUCAAUGUGAUUGAUAGCAGAUGACCAGAUAAGAGGAAAAACAGUUUGUUGCCUAAUGAGUUUUGAGCAUCCUGCUUUCAUCCCUUUUUUCAUUAUCUUGCUUGCAUAAGUCAAGAAGAAGAAAAAGGCCCUCUCUUAAGACAGUGUAACAUUUCAGCAUGGAAUAAUAGGAACUCGUCAUUUGGUCACUUUUCUCUGCUUUCUUUUAACGUACCAAUACUUGCCAUGACCUGCUGACUUCCCAAGCGGUAUCUCAGCUCAUACAUCCUAUGUUUCUGUUGAAACUCGAACUACACUCAGAUUUUUGAAGAGGGGUUUCAGAUCUGUAAUAAUAAUAAUAAUAAUAAUAAUCUGUAUAGUGCCCUUGUCCAGAAUAUCAUUCUACUGUUCAGCAACUGCUAAGAGGCAUUUCAGCUUCCACUUUUUGCUAGACUAGUGUUUGAACCUGCCGCAGUGGCAGGUUGGCCUAGCACAGUGAUGGCAAACGUUUUAGAGACUGAGUGCCCAAACUGCAACCCAAAACCCACUUAUUUAUGCAAAGUGCCAUGUCCCUCUGAUGUUCUAGUAAUAAACUCUGGCGAACUCUGUGCUGAAGGUGAUGGCGUGUGUGCCCAGAGAGGGCUCUGAGUGCCACUUUUGGCACUCGUGCCAUAGGUUCGCCGCCACUGGUCUAGCAGAACAAACACAGCUGUAGCAGAAAUGCCUCUUCUCACUUGCACAAUACAAACAGUAUGUUAGAAAGUUGAUAGGUGGUAGGAUUGUCUACAGACAGCUCUGAAAUUUCAGCCUGCCGGAUUCAUUUACGUACUGGUUUGGACAGAAAGGCAUAAAAGAUUAACCUUUGACUUCACAUAAAAGGUUUUUAGUCCUAGCUAAAAUCUGACAGCUCUCAGGGAAGGUUCCCUUGCGAUUAAGGACCAUACAGUCAGUGCUUGAGAAAAUUACUUUUUAGAUGACAAAUUCUCAGUCUGGUGGGGUCGGGGCAAGCAAAACAUUUCUAAGCUCUCAUAUAAAUACAUGCUGCUACACCCAACCCCUUCUGAUGAUGUAGUCAUCCACUUGCAAAUUCUUAAAAGGGGGAGAAUAUUAUUUCUCCUCCUUACAGUGGCAAUGUAGUGAUUUCUUUCUCCAUGGGGCAUAGCAUAUGCUGGGUGCAUGGAUUCUGGGCAGAUAUGUGCACCAAAGAGAGAAACUUUCUGCCUUUUUCGUGUACUGAAAAACCACAAAACUGCCUUGUUUCCUGACAUUUUCCCAGCCAGCAUCUCCUACAGACUUACUGACAACAGCAGAGCGGUGUUGAAUAAAAAGGCCUUUCUAGCUUCCACACACUGUUCUGUUACUCUGUCUUUCUCUGAAUCCUCCCUCUUUGCUACAAGCUGUGCUUGAUGUCAGAAUCAACUCUGUGCCUUAACUUCCAUCCUAAAACUUGGCCUGGAAAUGCUGUAUGGAGCUCUUGUCAGUCCAAAAGUUAAAUUUAAAAAUGCAUUUAUUUCUAAAGUGCUUUCAAGAAGCAUAGCCGGUGGAAAUGGGAAAGUGUUGCUCUGAACUCUAUUUUACCUAGAGAAACUGUUUUGGAAACCUUCAAAAUUUCAAAACAGUGUAUCCCUGUUUGUGCAGGUUUUUUUCUCUGCCUCGGAUAAUAUUUAUAUGCUGUCUUUUCUGAUGUAUGUGAACUUCAUUUUGCCUCAUUCCCUCAGGUGGUGGUACUUUCUUUCCUGUUACCUUAUUUAAAGGAUGUCCUGGCUCAUUUAUCACUGAAUUUUGUUGGCUGCCUCUCUUGGGUCUUCAUAAACAAUGUGGAAAUUGGUAGAGUUUUUGCCUCCUGCUCUUGGUUCCUGGGUUAGCUAUCAGGCGCCAGUCCAUUUUAUUUUAAAGCUCUCUGCACCCUUUAGGUCUUCUUAACAAUGCAGUGGGGUGCAGGGUUGGACUUUUCAUCUCCGACUGGGUUUUCAUUGCUGCCUUGGUUAAUUAAAGGUCCCAUCAAGCACCAGAGGCACUGGCUGGGAUGGAGGCCAAUGUGUUAGCUGGUGUAAAAUGCUUGUUCUCCCUCAGGAUCCUACCAGUGUCCAAACUGAGCAUCUGCUGUUUCAGUGGUUGUGAUUGGAAGGCAUUAAUGGGUACAGAUUCAUUGAGCAUCAUGUUCUGUGUAAUUGUCCUGUGAACUGGAAAAAAAUAAAGUCUUUUAUUUUCUAUUUAAAAAAAGAAAAAAA